AUGCGUUUCGUCAACGCCGUCGCUGGUCUCGCGCUCUCUGCUGCCGGCGCCUCUGCCCACAUGCAGCUCUUCUACCCAGCCCCCUUCAACGCCUCCAACAACCCGCACCGCACCACUGCCACUGCCGAUCCAUAUCUGGAGUUUCCCUACGACUGUUGCGGCGAAAACGAUCGUUGGGUCUAUCCGUGUCGCGGUUAUGAGAGCCUGCUAGGCUCGCCUGAUGGAGCCCCCACAGCGACCUGGGAAGCUGGCAGCACUGUGAAUUUCACCUUGUGGGCGCCCGGCGAACUAGGAGGCAAUCAUUACGGAGGCUCGUGUCAAGUUGGAUUCUCGACCGACAGUGCUCGCUCCUUCCAUGUGGCUACAUCCUACGAGGGAAAUUGCCCACAUCGCAACAAUGGCAAUGGGCCAGACGGACAGAGCUUCGAGUUUCAGGUCCCGAGGGAUCUCAAGCAGGGCGUCCGGUUGUUCGCGUGGAUCUGGUACAACCGCGAGCAGGAGUUCAACAUGAACUGCGCUGCUGUAGAGAUCGUAUCACCGACGCCUCCUGUCUCCAGCAGCAGCAUCAUGAACUACCCGAGCUCGACUGUCGCCAAUCACGAACCAAUCCCAUCCGCCACUUCCUAUGAGACCGCGAACGGCUGCGACUGUCUUUGCGCUGCCCCUGUCAACAUCUCUACCUGCGUUUGCACAGACUGUGAUGAGGCAUCUGAAACUGCUGGCUACGCUCGCGACACGGAUAACCCGACUUCCAUGGCUUUCGCCGAGCGGCCGCUGAUGUUCGUGGCGGAUAAUGGCAAUGACUGCGAGACCCCGCGCUCCACAGCUGAACUGAAGUAUCCUGAUCCUGGCCCGGAAGUCGUUAGUGGUGAUGGUGUGUAUCCCGUCGAGCUCCCGAGUGGCGCGUGUGGGCAAGAGGAGAUGCUAGCGAAGCAGGCAUACAACGACAAGAUCGGCGAAUGA